CCCCCCGCCUUCUCUCCUCCCUCUCUCCCGUCUCCCCCCCCCCCCGUUUCUCCCCCCUCUCCUCCCCAUCUCUCUCCCUCUCCCAUCCCUCCCCCCCUCCCGUCUCUCUCCUCC